AUAGAUUCCUUUUGCAAUAAAAAUGACACCAGGUGCCUCUCAAAUUCUUGCCAAAAUAAUUCUACCUGCAAGGAUUUUUCGAAAGACGACAACUGCCAUUGUUCAGACAUAGCCAACAAUUUGGACAAAGACUGUAACAAUGGAAAAAAUCCUUGCUUCUCCAAUCCCUGUCAAGGAAAUGCCACUUGUGUGAACACCCCCGGAGAAAGGAGCUUUCUGUGCAAAUGUCCUCCUGGACAUAGUGGGCCGACCUGUGAAACUACCGUUAGCUCCUGUGGUAUGAACUUCUGCCAACAUGGAGGUGUUUGCCAUCAGAACCCUGUUCACCCCAUGUGCAUCUGCCCUGCUGGAUACGCCGGAAGAUUCUGUGAGAUCGAUCAUGAUGAGUGCGCUUCCAGCCCUUGCCACAAUGGGGCCAUGUGCCAGGAUGGAGUCGAUGGCUAUUCCUGCUUCUGUGUCCCAGGAUAUCAAGGCAGGCACUGUGACUUGGAAGUGGAUGAAUGCGUUUCAGAUCCCUGCAAGAACGAGGCCACCUGCCUCAAUGAGAUAGGACGAUACACUUGCAUCUGUCCUCGUGAUUAUUCCGGUGUAAACUGUGAAUUGGAAGUUGACGAAUGUUGGUCCCAGCCCUUUCUACACGGGGCAACUUGUCAGGAUUCUCUGGGAGCUUAUUUCUGUGACUGUGCCCCUGGAUUCCUAGGGGAUCACUGUGAACUCAGCGUCGAUGAGUGUGCCAGUCAGCCUUGUCUCCACGGAGGGCUAUGCGUCGAUGGAGGAAACGGAUAUAGCUGUAACUGCACAGGUAGCGGAUUCACAGGAACACACUGUGAGACCUUGAUGCCUCUUUGCUGGUCAAAACCUUGUCACAAUAAUGCUACGUGUGAGGACAGUAUUGACAAUUACACUUGUAACUGCUGGCCAGGAUACACAGGGGCCCAGUGUGAGACUGACAUCAAUGAAUGCAGCAGUAACCCCUGCUGGUCUGAUGGCGAAUGUGUGGAGCUGUCCUCAGAGAAACAGUAUGGACACAUUGCUGGGCUGCCUUCCUCAUUCAGCUACCAGGAAGCCUCAGGUUAUGUCUGUAUCUGUCAGCAUGGAUUCACAGGAAUCCACUGUGAAGAAGACAUCAAUGAAUGUUUUUCAAACCCUUGCAAAAAUGGCGGUACUUGCGAGAACUUGCCUGGGAAGUAUACUUGCCAUUGCCCGUUUGAUAACCUUUCUAGAACAUUCUAUGGAGGAGUGGACUGUUCUGAUAUUCUCCUGGGCUGUACCCAUCACCAAUGUCUAAAUAAUGGAACAUGCAUCCCUUACUUGCAAAAUGGCCAGCAUGGAUUCAGCUGCUUAUGUCCACCUGGUUACACUGGAUCACUGUGUGAAAUUGUCACCACACUUUCAUUUGAGGGCAAUGGCUUCCUGUGGGACACAAGUGGCUCAGUUACAACCAAGCGCUCAGUUUGUAACAUAGCCCUCAGGUUUCAGACUAUUCAGCCAAUGGCACUUCUACUUUUCCGAGGCAACAGGGACAUGUCUGUAAAGCUGGAGUUGCUAAGUGGCUGUGUUCACUUAACCGUUCAAGUCAAUAAUCAGUCAAAGGUGCUUCUGUACAUUUCCCACAACACCAGUGAUGGAGAGUGGCAUUCGGUGGAGGUAAUAUUUGCAGAGUCUGUGACCCUUAACUUAAUCGAUGCCUCUUGUAAAGAGCAAUGCAUUGCUAAGGCUCCUUCUCCAUUUGGAAGCGAUCAAUCGCUAUGUGCUUUUCAGAACUCCUUUUUGGGUGGCUUACCAGUGGGACCCACCAGCAACAGUGUUGCUCUGCUUAACGUCUAUAAUAUACCAUCCACACCUUCAUUUGUGGGCUGUCUCCAAGAUAUUAAAAUUGAUUUGAAUCACAUUACCCUGGAGGACAUUUCAUCUGGCUCGUCAUUAAACGUCAAGGCAGGUUGUGUGAGAAAGGAUUGGUGUGAAAGCCAACCUUGUCAAAACAGAGGACGCUGCAUCAACUUGUGGCUGAGCUAUGAGUGUGACUGCUACAGACCCUACAAAGGCCCGAACUGUCUGAGAGAGUAUGUGGCCGGCAGAUUUGGCCAGGAUGACUCCACGGGAUAUGCUGUGUUUAAUCUCAAUGGGAGUUAUGCAGAGAACGUCAGCCUCUCCAUGUUUGUCCGAACACAUCGACCAUCAGCCUUCCUCCUGGCUUUGGAGAACAGCACGUAUCAGCACCUCCGCGUCUGGCUAGAGCACGGCAGGCUAGCAAUGCAGACUCCACGCUCUCCCAAAGUAGUGGGCAAAUUUGUUCUUAGUGAUGGAAAUGUCCACUUGAUAUCUUUGAAAUUCAGAUCAAACAAAAUCGAACUGUAUCAGUCUUCACAAAACCUAGGAUUUAUUUCUGUUCCCACGUGGAAGAUCCAAAGAGGAGAUGUCGUCUAUGUUGGAGGCCUGCCUGAGAGGCAGGAGACUGAAGUUCAUGGUGGGUUCUUCAAAGGCUGUAUCCAAGAUAUAAGAUUAAACAACCAGAAUCUGGAUUUCUUCCCAAAUUCGGCAAACAACGUAUCCUACAAUCCAAUCCUUGUCAAUGUGACCCAAGGCUGUCCUGGAGACGACAUCUGCAAGUGCAGCCCCUGUCACAAUGGGGGUGUUUGCUAUUCCCUGUGGGAUGACUUCUCCUGUUCCUGCCCUGCAAACACAGCUGGGAAAGCCUGUGAGGAAGUUCAGUGGUGUGAACUCAGCCCGUGUCCUCCUGGAACCCAGUGCCAGCUGGUGCCUCAAGGAUUUGAAUGUACUGCAAAUGCUGUUUUCAGUGGACAAAGCAGUGAAAUAUUAUUCAGAAGCAAUGGCAAUAUUACCAGAGAUCUCACCAAUAUCACAUUUGGUUUCAGAACAAGGGAUACAAAUGUGAUAAUAUUACAUGCAGUAAAAGAGCCCGCUUUUGUUAAUAUUAGCAUUCAAGAUUCCAGAUUAUUCUUUCAAUUGCAAAGUGGCAACAGUUUUUCUGUGCUGAGUCUGACAAGCUUGCAGUCAGUGAAUGAUGGCACAUGGCACCAAGUGACUCUUUCCAUGACAGACCCACUAGCCCAGGCCUCCAGAUGGCAAAUGGGAGUGGACAACCAAACACCUUUGGUGACCAGCGCAAUUGCUACUGGAAGCCUCAACUUUUUGAAGGAUAAUACAGACAUUUAUGUGGGUGACCGAGCUAUUGACAAUAUGAAGGGUCUGCAAGGGUGUCUAAGUACAAUAGAAAUUGGAGGUAUUUACCUCUCUUACUUCGAAAAUGUUCGUGGUUUUACUAAUAAACCUCAGGAAGAGCAGUUUCUCAAAAUCUCUUCAAAUUCAGUGGUUCCUGGCUGUUUGCAGUUAAAUGCCUGCAACUCCAACCCCUGUUUGCAUGGAGGAAAUUGUGACGACAUCUACAGCUCUUAUCACUGCUCCUGUCCCUUGGGAUGGUCCGGGACACACUGUGAAUUCAAUAUUGAUGAAUGCUUUUCAAACCCCUGUAUCCAUGGCAACUGCUCUGACAGAGUUGCAGCCUACCACUGCAGAUGUGAGCCUGGAUACACUGGUGUGAACUGUGAAGUGUUUAUAGACAAUUGCCAGAGUCACCAGUGUGCAAAUGGGGCCACUUGCAUUAGUGACACUCAUGGCUAUUCUUGCCUCUGUUUUGGAAAUUUUACAGGGAAAUUUUGCAGACACAGCAGAUUACCCUCAACAGUCUGUGGGGAUGAGAAGACAAAUCUCACUUGCUACAACGGAGGCAACUGCACAGAGUUCCAGGAUGAAUUAAAAUGCAUGUGCCAGCCAGGUUUUACUGGAGAACGGUGUGAAAAGGACAUUGAUGAAUGUGCCUCUGACCCGUGCUUCCACGGAGGCCUGUGCCAGGACUUGGUCAACAAAUUCCAGUGCCUCUGUGAUGUCGCCUUUGCUGGCGAGCGCUGCGAGGUGGACUUGGCAGAUGACUUGAUCUCGGAGAUUUUCACCGCCAUUGGCUCAGUGACAUUAGUCUUGUUAUUGAUCCUCUUACUGGCCGUUGUUGCUUCCGUUGUCACCUCCAACAAAAGGGCCACUCAGGGAACCUACAGGCCGAGCCGUCAGGAAAAGGAGGGCUCUCGCGUGGAAAUGUGGAGCACGGUGGCGCCCCCUGCGAUGGAGAGGCUGGUGUAG